CCAGAUUCGAGACAUACAGCUCACUAAUAAUUUCUUUGCCUUUUUUUUCACCCACUCUCUCUCUCUCUCUCUCUCUCUGUCUCUCUCUCUCUCUCUUUCGUUUUCUCUUUGUCCUUCUCUGUGUAUUCAAGUCUGUGACCAUGCAAAGACAAUCACUGGGGGGCUCACCGGGCUCGAAGCUCCACCAGGCCCAUGGCGGAGCCAAGGAACAAACUCUGCUCCUAGACGACGCUCCCAACAGCAGUAACAAGGACCUUUUAGUCUUUUCCACCUCCACCUCCUCUUCAAUCUCCGCAGACGACGACCACAAAGCAUCAAAGCCUCACCGCCUGUCAUCACCGCCCCCUACCGCUCCACACAAAUCCAUCCACGUCAUCCCUGUCCUCACCCUCCUCUGCUUCCUCAUCCUCUUCAUCUUCUCCCACAGCCCCUCUCAAUCAGAUUUGGCUCAGUUCAAUGGCUUUACGAAACUACCAGGGAAAAAGCGCGCAGACGCCACCGACAACGAAGUCGGCGACUUGAGCCGAUUUAUUGAUAUCCGGAAGAGCGAUGUUUUGGCGAUCCGCAGCCUCAGGAACUUGCAGGAUACCCAAGGAACCCGAAAACUCCCACCGAGAUCUCGCUCCCAUCGGAAAAUAGCCGAUUUUUAAGCCGCAUUCCCUGCUUCUCUUCUCUACUCUACUAUGUCCUCGUCGGCUCUCGGUGGAAGAACUCGCACGUGCGUCACCGUCAGCUUUUUUUCGCACGUGUAAAUUCAAUUGCAGAGCAAGCUUUUUUUUUUAAUUUGUUUAAAUUUAUUUUAAUUUUUUGUGUAAACAUAUUACUUGAGCGCUUCAGUCGCUUAGAGAAAGAUUUCGAACAGAGAAAUAACGUAAUUCUUACAGAUCUUUUUGUUUUUAUAAAUUUCGUGAGUGUCGUACGCUAAAGUGAGCGGGUAGGGAGGCGUUAAGUAGAUGAAAGGACGUAAACGUGCGCCUGAUGGGAUACAGCUGGAUUUUCGUACUCGACCGUUGCUCUGCACCCUCGGGUUUCGGUCGGAAUUUGCUAGCUGGAAACUUGAAGGAGUAAAUACAUUAACUGCGUUCUGUGUCACCGGCGGUGUGUAGAUUUUUCUGUGGCGUUGGCUUCUCCUGCUUACACGUGGA